GUAGCAAUAUCUAUCUUAGUAACUCAACGUCAUGGCUCUCUAUGGAAAGUUGGAGACUGAUGUAGAAAUUAAGGCUUCGGCUCAAAAGUUUCAUGAAAUAAAUCAUAAAAAACCUCACCAUAUAUCCAAAGCCUCUUCAGAUAAAGUACAAGGGUGUGAAUUACACGAAGGCGAAUGGGGCAAAGUUGGCAGUAUCCUCUAUUGGCACAACGUUUAUGAUGGGAAGGAUCAUGUGACAAAGAGCGUAACCGAAGAUGUCGAUGAGGAGAACAAUUCAUUCACCUGGACAAUGUUGGAGGGAGACCUUGAGAAGUCCUACAAGAGCUUCAAGAUGAAAAUCCAAUGUAUCCCAAAGGAUAAGGGAAGUGUAAUUCGCUAUACUUUGGAAUAUGAAAAGCUGCAUGAAGGAAUUCCAGAUCCACACACUUUUCUUCAGCUUUGUGUUGAUGUCGCCAAAGACAUUGAUGCUUACCUUAUGGGAGACAAUAAUGAAGGUUCAUUUAUAGCCAAGGCAUGAGCAACAAACCACCCAUAGCUCUUGGGUGGGCUAUUACUAUGGAAUGGAAUAAUAAUUGGCUAUUACUAUGUUUGCUAAUUAGUGUUUUAUACUUAAAUAAACAUAUCAUGCCGUGAUUUAGCCUGUUCUAUGUCACGGUCACUGUAAUAUAGAUCUUUAUAUGGUUCUGAUGGGUCUCGACCAUGCC